AUGGGAGAUCGUAAUAAGCGACCAGUUAUCCUGCUGAAGGUUCCAUCCUCCGAUGAUUUCUAUGCUUCGGCCUUCCGUAAAUCGAAUUUGGAUCCCAUAUUCAUAGCUCCAUCGCAUUUUGUGUUCAAGAAUCUGAAGCAACUGCAGGCCAAGCUGAUGGAACCCCACAAAUAUGCGGGUAUUAUAUUUGCUGCACCUCGCUGCGUUCAAGCGGUUAGCGAGGCUCUGGACAAGACACCGCUGCCCAGUUGCUGGCGACCCUUGCACAACUAUUCGUUGGGCAAGAACACCCACAGCUCGGCUUGGUUUGCAUUCCAGAAUCUUCCCACGAUGGGCGAUCAUGCGGUGAAUGCCAAUAAUCUGUGUGAUUUGAUCGUGGAGACCUUUGGACCCAAGCGCGAUUUGCCUUUGCUAAUGCCCUGCGGAAAUGGCGUUGGUCAGACGCUGCGUCUCCGUCUGGUGGCCCAGGGAUUCCGGGUGGAUGCCUGCGAGGUGUACGAAAGUCGUUCGCAUCCGGAGUUUGUCAAUCAGAUGCGACAUGCCCUGAAGUUCAAGCGCAUGGAGACGAUUGUCUUCUUUGGACCCUCCAGUGUUCGUAGUUCUUUGGAGUUCUUCGAGAACUACAACGUGUCGCUCAAGGAUCGCAAGUUAAUAGCCGUGGGCAGCGGCACCAGGAAGGCCAUGGAGGAGUCCGGCCUGCAGGCAGACGCCGUCGUGGAUGCCGCCGACGUGGACCACCUGAUAAAGAUCAUCAAAACUUAGUU